AUACGGGUUUCAGCCAGAAAAAGUCAUUUGCAAUCAACAUGAAUAUUGCAUAUAUACAAGAUAUAUACAUGAUGUACAUGAAAGCUCAGCAAUCAUUGUUACAGAUUCAAAAUUACUCAAUUUUGUUGUGAAAUAUUGAAUUAACCAUUCGGCGCAUACCAGGCAAGGGGCAAAUGAACGAUGAAGGAAACGCAAAAAAAAACGAUGGUACAAAAGAGAAUGCUAAUAUGUGAAAAUGCCAAUAAUAAUGAAUUUUUGUGUUUUUCCUUAUUCUCUCAAUUUUGUUUUUUGUAUUUUUUUGUCGUUGUCUUUUGACAUCGUACUUCCGUUCAUGUUUCAGACCAUUUUAUUCAUGUGCAAUGACCAUCAUUGAAUUCCAUAGCAUAAUUGAACAAACUUGUGUUUUUAUCCAUGAUUAUCCUGAAAUGUUAGAGACUAUUAUAUCGUAAGUUUAAACAUAACGUAGAUACUAUAUUCUAUUUUAACUGUUUGACAUAAUUGGGAGAGUGAUAUAAUAAUCCGCUUCCUUUAAAUUUAGUAUUGCUUGAUGAAUAAUUGAGAACAUUCUUUUCAGGCUUUUCUAUGACGCCAUCCCAGAAAAUUUUCUAUUAUUCGUGUAUCUUUGCAGAUUGUGCAUCGUCUGAAAUACUUGAAGUUGAAAGUGUUGAAUUUGAAGAACAUGACCUGAUUCCAGUUACUGUUGAAAGGAAGCAUUUCUUGAGGACUGUUGAAAAGUUACAACGAGUACUCUCAAAGGUUACAAGGCAUUUCGAGGACAAAGGACGUCUCGAUGCUUGGAUUGCAUUUUUUGAGCUGGUAUCUGAUGGAAGAUUUCAGGUUGAUCACAUUGCAAGUCAGCUGUUUUGGGAUGUGAUUAAGUAUGCUAGCAAAGGGAAUGUUCAUGGCAUGCGGUUCACACCCGAGGUGAAGGAGUUCUGGUCCGUGGGGUACGCAAUGUUUCACGCAAAAUUCAUUCGUUAUAUGGGGGGGAUGAAAGCUUUAGGUCAAGUCAUGGAUGGGUCGUGUCGAGAGGAUCUCGUUUCAAACGUCGAGUCUGUUAAUUUUGUGUGUCCAGAUGUUAAAAGUUUGAGAGAAGAAAAGAAAAGCAAUAAAUUAGAUUGUGAAAGGCCUGGAAUAAUAACUUCAAAUAUCGAUGCAAUGAGUAAAUCAAAGGAUGCAACAACAAAAUCUUACAAGUUGUGCAUAGAUGGUAAAAAGAUAAUGGCUGGUUUUGGUAAACAGCUUGGCGAAGUGGACUUGUUUGGACAUGAAUCUAGGCCAACUUAUGUGGAAAAAUUAGACCGAUUUAACGUUGAAAAUACUUUAAUAUUCGAAACGCAAAGCUACAUUGAUAAGCUUAUUGAGAUUGAACACUCUGAUAUUCAUGAAAUUACCAAGAAGGCAAAGGAGAGAGUUUGCGAAAACGUUAAAGACAUCAUAUCAUUAUUGACUGAGCGUGUAAAGGAGAUGCGGAUUUUAAAAGUAAAAAAGUCACAAGCUAUUGACACUUUUUUGAAAUUAGCAGGAGAAAACUGGCAGAAAUCAAAAUACAAUUAUGCAAUCAGCAGCAUGAAGACACAGCUGUUAAGGCUGAAUAUGUGCAUUGAAGAUGCUUUAGAAACAAAUGACAAACUUGGUCUUGUAGCAGCAGCUUGUAAUGAAAGUGACACACACUACAGAAUAGGAUCGACGGUGAAUUUAUAUGAACAGAGCAAUUAUGUAUGUUUGAGUAACAUCCGAGGUGAUGGUGAUGUUGAUCCGAGUUUAGUGAAACAAAGGUCAAGCACUUGGAUUGAAAUUAGAUCGAAAGCAAAAGUUACGGGAUCCACUAUGUACAAAGCACUUGGACUAAGUACGUUGAAAGAACAGAAACAACACAUAGAAAAAGUAAACAACAACACUUUAGGAGAAGAAAUCUUUUCACCUGAAACAAUAAAAGCUAUGAAACAUGGAACCGAAAACGAAUUGAACGGCGUGGGUGUAAUUGUCAGCAAAGUAAUUCCCAUUUAUGAACCAUCAACAACUUUUUUUGAGGAAGGUUGUUACAUGAUUGAAAGAAAUACUGAUAAAAACUUUAUGGUUAUCAGCCCAGAUGGAAGCUGCCGAGUAGAUGGUAUUCCAAGUGUUGCUAUAGAGAUCAAGUGUCCUGUUCCAGGAAAAGUUUUUACUACAGAUGUUAACUACACAAUACCUAACUAUUAUGUUUGCCAAAUUCUUUCAGAAAUGUACGCAUUAAAAUGUGACAAGUUAUUCUACGUAUGCUGGACACCGAAAAGUUUCACACUUUUAAGAGCAUUUUUUGACAAUGACUUAUGGACUGUUCUGACCGACGAACUUGAACGCGUAUAUAAUACUGAUAAUGGAAUAGUGAACAUACCUAAACGGAAAAGUGAGCAUGUGCCAACCAUAAAAAGUAUGAUAGCACAGUACUGUGCUGAAAAAGUCGAACUUGUUGCGGAGUUCCCUGCAUCAUUCUGUCGGCCAUGUUCUCAUACAUCAGCUGUUGAUUCCAAAAUGUGUGCUCGUAGCAAUCACUCUGGUGGCAAUUCUGUGGACUGGCAAAUGAAACAACUUCAGUUGGAAUUAAAAAAUGUUACCCAAACUCUUCUGAAAGCCGGUAAAACCCACGAAGAAAUAUACGAGUUGUUAAGAACACCUGGAAAAGAAGUAUUAGUGACUGUUCUAUCAGAUUUAGAUAGAAAACAAGAACGUGAGCGUGUUCAUGCCAUUCCAGUUGCAUAUGGCAUAGCAGGAUAUAGUCUGUCAAGUGAAAACGUAAGGUCAAUACUCGAACAUGUUACAAAAUCGUGCCAAGAACGAGGACUGGAGGUUAGAACAUUGUCAUCAGAUGGACAAUUCUACAAGUUAUGUGUUCGUGAUUAUAAAGAUGAGCCCCUAACUGUAUUACAGGUCGCAAAAGACUCUUGGGCGAAAAUAAGAAAAUUGUCUAAAAGCGAAGAGAUAAGUAGGUUGAUGUCGACAAAUAAGAUAAUGGAGAAUGAUACUGUUGAUAAACAUGUUGAUAUUAUUGAAACCAUAGAUGAUUCUAGAACGCUGUUCGUCGGUCUAAUUAAUGUAUAUGGUAUCGUAGGAAAAGACUGGAAACAUUUAUACAAUCCUCCGAAAUUACGACAGUUAUUGACAAACAAACAUAGUAAACAAAAUACUUCGACAGAUGUUCACACUUUAAAAGAACUUGAUUGCCUUUCCCCAGAUAUCAUAAAUGACAUAGAAAAAAACAAUGAAGAUGAAGAUGAUAUCGACCAAACAUUGUUAAUAAACGAAGAAAUUAGUGAAUAUCAAAAAGAAUAUCCAGAUGAGCAUAAUGAGCUGGACGUCUUUGGCGAACCUAUCGAUCUUGAUUUAAUAACACCUGAAGUAAUUAAAUGUUCAAACCAGCGAACUAUUGACUAUGAUCAAAUGAUAAACGACUUAAAGAAAUUUGAUAAAGACCGUAAAAAGUCCAAGUGGAGUAACUUAUGUGAGUCAGAAUUGAAAAAACUUCUCUCAUCGCACCCUGAUGUGGUUAAAGGCAAAUUCACAAAGAAAGAGCUAGGCACAUGUGCUUUAUAUUUACAAGCUGAUAUAGAAAAACAUAGUGACAUCACUUUAGCAGAUAUGUCGAAAAUUCAACUGGUCAAUGCUUUCUCAAAUAUACUUGGAUCAAAGACAAUAAUUAAGCUCACAAAGAAAAAGUCUCCAAAAUCUCUCAGAAAUAUUCUUAAGGAUUUUUUGUCACAGAAAUUUGGAAAAGAAAUUCUAAAUGCUGUGGUAGCAACCGAUGAGUUUUUGAGCAACGACCUCCCAAACUGGCGCAAAAAAAUCUGUAUUUAAAGAUGGCAUAACGAUAGGUACAUCUUCUGAACCAUACAUAUGGUACAGUCAACCAGAGUUUUUCCCUUGUUUAGGCCGCCAUAUUGUCUAUCUAUUGGACUGCCACCACCUCUUUGUUAAUGCACGAUGUUUUGUUGUGCAACAUGGUAUAUCUGGACUUAAUGUUUCACGGAAUGCAUGGCUUGACGUAGCAACAAAUGAUCGAGAGACACAUGUUGGUCUAAACAUCGCUAUGGUCGAGGACGUAAUCGACAAACAAUCAAAUGCGUUAGCACAACUUACAUUUAGCCGUGCAGUAGAAGCUGAAAUGAGAAAACUUGAAUAUUUUCAUGAAGCAGAGUUCUGUAAAACAAUUAGAGAAUGGUACAUGGCGGAAGACGAGCCUGGUCUAGAUGUGAUGGAACGACACCAAUAUCGAAUAGCUAUGCGCAAUAUGUUACUCGGUUCAACAAAACUCGCAGAGUUUCCUCCGCCAGGUUUACACGUAGCCGGAAUGCCUAUCGUGAUGUUUGAAGGAAUUCUUUCUAACAUUGACCGUAGAAUACAGCUUUACAGCCUGAUACCUGGAAAUUCAUAUAACGUCAGGGCACCAAACACACUAGAUGCUGAGAACCUGUUCAGUGAAUUCAGAGACGUCGAUCCUAAGUCAACAGGUUGUUUGAUGGCUGAUGAUAUUCCCAUAGCAUUAGAAACGGCAAGCUAUAUAAUGCAGACGAAGCUAAAUCCCGACAGAGCAUUUGUGAUGAAUACUGCCAAACGAGUCAGGGUUUACCCCGAAAAUACGCUUCAGAGAGAAAAUGAAAUAACAGAAGAUCUUGACAGGACGACGCAAUUUUACCCUGAUAUACAACGUAUACCGAUGCGGAACCAUAUCUUUGAUCUUGACAAAAGAAAAACCAGAAAACCGAGGAGAAAGUCUGUUUUAGUUCCUGCUCCAGACCAACCAGCAAGAGGAACAAAGCCUAUUCGCCAGCAUCAUAAAACUGACAGCUCCAAAAUAAUGUGUCAUAAGCGAUUUGGUUUGAAGGACAUAUAAAUGAGAACAGUGUAAUCUGGAAAUCAAUAAAUCAUUAAAAUUUUAGCGUGAAAAUCCACGUUCAUUUAAUAAACUCAAAAUUGUUUUCCAGACAUUGAAUCACCUAUCUUUAUAACUAUAUGAAUAAUUCGUGAUUGUCUUUAGGAGAGCUGAUAAAGCUUCAAACAUAUGUAGAAUUCAAAAAGUAACAUUUUGAAAGUAGCUGACAAAAAGGUUAAUACUUAUUACAUUGUUUAAAGUGAUAUAUCCAAUGGAAGGUAGUUA